CUGCUUUUUCCAGGAAGGUGCACUACCAUUUUCACUUUUCCGGCGAAGGCGGUCUUUACCACUUUGCUCUCUAAAGUCGGCUAUCACGACGUUCACUCUGUGUCUCUCAUUUUCCUUCUCCAUGCUAUAAUUUUCCAAAAGAGCUGCAUCAAUUUUUCGUUCACAAAAAAAUAGCGAAAAACUACAAAAGUCAAAAGAUGCCGUGUGGGUAUGAACGACGGUUUCAUGUUGGCUGCGGUCGUGGCACAACAAGAACUGCUAUCUGAAGUAUAAGCAAAAGAAAAGCGUUCGUCCGCAACGGUUUGGUGAUCGAUUGUUUGAAAAAAACUUAACGACAGCAAUAGCUUGCUCAGUCAACAUGCCCGCCGUCAAGCCAGGGGACUGGUAUUGCGGCAAGUGUGGUGUGCUUUGUUUCGCCAGCCGCGACUUUUGCUACAAGUGUAACGCCACCCGCGCCGACGGGCGGAUCGUCGAGGCGCACGAGUGCGACCACCCGGACACCUGGACAACUUCCAAGGGGAAGGGAAAGUACAACUCGGAUCAUGCCGCGCACGGCGGGGGCGGCUGGGGCAAGGGGAAAGACCGUGACAGGAGCAGAGAUGGUGAGCGGGCUAAAGGCGACCUCCACGAGCCAGAUUCCGACCGGUGGAAGGCAGAUUUCUACGACAGUGACAAGGACCGUCGGGACAGUGAGGAUGGGAAGGGAAAGGGAAAAUUCAAGCAGUACGUGGAGCGGGUACAAGACUAAUAUUGUUCUACUAUCUCGUGGUGAAAUUGAAAUUCUCGAUCGGAGUUUUUUUUUCGAAUACACCUCUUCGAUAUUCAUUCGUGUAGUCAUGAUUAUGACCUUGGGCAUGUGUGUUCGAUGUUGUUGUUAAACAGAAUAAGAUAAGGAGAUUAGAGCGACUCCUAAAACAUGACUGUCGAAACCCAGGCGGGCGAUUGGUACUGCUCGAGUUGCGGCAAGCACAACUUCGCGUCGCGCAACGAAUGUUUUCGCUGCGGCGCCGAAAAGAACCGGAAGGCGGUGGUGGCCAAGGGUGAGGAGAAGUUUGUGAAGCCCUCCGGCUUCAUAUGCAUUGCAAAAGUAUCGUACUAGUAUAAAACGCAUUACAAAUUUUCCCAAGAAAAAAAAUCAAUUUGUCAUGCUAUUUCAGGUAGAAAGUUGGAUUUGUCAUGCAUAUCUGCAAUUAGUACGAGUGCAGUGCGAUACUUUUGCACAGGAUGCUUCACCAACUGGUACGAUUACCAGGGCAAGGGGAAGGGCAGCGCUGGCGGCCGGCCCUCCUCGGACAAGCGCUACCACAGUCGCGGACGCUCCCGAUCGCGCGGACGCUCACGAUCGCGCGGACGAGCAGCCCGUCGGAAAAGCAGUGCGAGUCCAGGAGCUCGGGGAGGGGACAAAAGAAGAAAAGGUAGUUCGGACAGCCGCAAGCGACAGCGCAGUGCGUCUCCGGUGGAAAAGAAAAGUCCGGAGGCCUCGUCGAAGAACAAAAGACCUGCUGGCGAUCGAAGUCCUAGUCCAGUGCGCGCAGCAGAGAAAGUAGCUUCAUCGUCCAGAUCGAAGAAGUCCAGAAAGAAAUCUGACUCCUUGUCUCCGUCUCCCAAGAAGCAAGAGAAAACGCCCACCCCGAAGCCGAAGCGAAAAAAGAACGAAAACAACCCCUUCUCGCCUUCUCCAAGCAGGGACGAUGAGGAGAACAGAAGUAAAAGUAGGGAGAGUGAGAAGAGCAAGAAAAGUGAGGGCGCUGCUCGUCGUGGGGACCACAGUGCGAGAAGCAAGAAAAGCACCGGCUCAAAUAGCAAGACAAAAGAACUUUCCGCGGAAAAAAUAAAGCGGGAAAAAACGUCUCCGCGGACGACGAAGAGCAAGAGCAACAAGAGCAACCGGUCUGCCCGUAGCCGCACCACGUCCUCCCAACGCGCCAAAAGGAAUGCGACGUUUGCGAAGAAUACCUACCACUACAGCGGAAACUACAGAGAGCAACCAGGCUACCGCGGCUAUAACUACGACGACUGGCACCGCAGUGGGCGCCGUUAUGACGACUGGUACAGCGGUCGGGAUUGGCGGCUCCACGACAGAGUAGAUUACGGCUAUGGCAAGGGACCGCGUCGGCACAGCCGCGGACCUCCACGGAGCGGUCGUGAGGACCGCAAAGAACAGAAAACUAGCCGCGACCGCAUCAAAAGUCGCUCGCGAAGCGGAAGUCCACCUCCCAAAAAACGCGACUACAAGGCCAGUAUCUACGAACGUGUUCGGGGGGCCGGGGACGGCGUAGGGCAUGAAGAUAAUGGCAGUACUAAGGACAACGAAAGUAGGGAGAAGGACAAGAGAACAUCAAGCAGCCAUCCAGCGCCAAGACGCAGGUCGUCACCCCGAAACGACAGCCGCGGCCGACGGGGCCGUAGUAGUCGUCGCGGGAAGGGAGGGUGGGGUCCGCUCGUCUGCAGAGAAGGCGAGUGGAAGAGGGCCCGCGAGCAGUGGCCCGAUUUAGGUGUAAUAGAAAAGGGCAAAGGAAAGUUCGGGAAGCGCCUGCCUGGAGACUGGGACUGCGUAUUGCUUUUGCCUUUCGUCUAUUCGGUGCACGUAAGAAGUAGUCGUGUGCAUGCUUUUGUCCCGACCAUUAUUGAAUAAACACGACAUGAUGUUCACUAAAUGAUAGACGGGGAUCCAAUCAUGAUAUAUCAACGAAUCGAUGAAAAAACGCCAGCCCAACGCUAAGUGCGGGGUGGUAAACUUCGCUUUGCGUAGCGAGUGUUUCCUGUGCAAGGAGCGCAAGCCCGGCGCCACUGCUGCCACAUCCUCGAAGCGACAGCGCAGUCGCAGCAAAUCUAAGUCCAGGUCGCAGUCGCAGGUCCGGCAGCGUGAGGAGAACUCCGAUGACGACGAGCGCUCUCCGUUGACAUGGAAGAAAUUUGUGCCGAAAAGGUUGCGAGCGGGCUCGAAAGAGCGGGCGUAAGGAGACAGGAGGGCGCUGUUGAGAAGAACUUCAUUGUAAUCCCACUGACAAUAAUUAAAAAUCUUCUUCAUUGUUCUUUUACAAACCAAUAAGUCCACGUCACUUGAAUUGCGCAGUAAGUACCUACUCACACUGUUUGCAGUGGAAGAAGCGAUUUUUGACACACUUAUCUUUUCGCUUUGAUGAACACAAUCAUUUUCUUCCGUAAGUACUCGAACAAGAGAAGAGAGCAAGAGGCCUAGGCGCCGAUGAGACUGUGGCGGGGAAGCAAAUUCGUGC